UUGAACAGUUGUGCACAGGGUGCCGCACUUUAAAUACGCUUGCAGACAUAAUUAUAACAGAUGUGCCGAUUCUCCCUAUACAGUAGUCCGACAUUAAGAUUUUGCUCAUAUUUUAGAAGUAGAGAAAAGGUUGUAGAUGCCAAGUUCCAUAGUUAACUUGAAAGUUAAACUGAACUUUUUACUUAUGAUUCCCACUGGAAUAUACAUAUAAUGCAAAAGACAAAAAUAGUUCCUACUGCAAAAUUUGGCUCAACAAUAUGGCCUUAAUGCCUUCUUCAGUCGUGGCGCAUUACGUGAUUUAGAGAAUAUACCCUGUGCAAGUGUAUUUAAAAGACUACGCAUUUUACCGGUUUGCGCUGACGUUUGGAAAACAUGUUACCAAAGCAUAAAAAAAACCAGUCCAGCAGCCAACGAAAGCGAUAGCGCUGCAUGAAACCAGUUGCCAGAUACCAUUCCUGCUAGCGAUUUCAGUUGAUCGGCUGCCUAGCUGUUGUCUGUGCUCCGACUGCGCCGCAUUCUGGCUGUCAACCUUAUCAAUUGCUGACGUUGGCCUUUUUCGUAGACUUCGAAAAUGGUGCAAUAUACGCAGGAAACGUAUCUCUACGAUCCGAGCGUGUUGCUCAAGCUCGACUUUCAUCGCAGCCCAGCCAAAUUUCAGCCGUUCAUCUCUGCUGCCAAUCCAGGUGAGACGUGGCUGCAGGUGCGUCCGCUGAAGGAUACGGACUAUGAUCGCGGAUUUCUGCAGCUGCUGUCACAGCUUACGCAUGUGGGCAAUGUAACACGCACACAAUUUCUGACACGCUUCUCGCAGAUGAAGGCCAGCGGCGAUUACUAUGUGACAGUCAUUGAGGAUACGCGCAAGGGCGAGAUUAUUGGUGCCGCCUCGCUCAUCAUUGAGCGCAAGUUUAUACACAAUUGCUCAGUGCGCGGACGCCUAGAGGAUGUGGUAGUCAAUGACACCUAUCGCGGCAAGCAGCUGGGCAAGCUCAUUGUGGUCACAGUGUCGCUGCUGGCCGAGCAGCUGGGCUGCUAUAAAAUGUCGCUCGACUGCAAGGAUAAGCUCAUUAAGUUCUAUGAGACUUUGGGCUAUGUGCUUGUACCCGGCAACUCCAAUUCUAUGACCAUACGCUACGAUGAGGAUGCGUCGGCGUUGAAACGUAACACCACCUCCACGGCUGUCACUGGCGAUGCCUGCCAAACUAACUCACAAUUUUAUAACUUUUUCUCUCCCUUCUGCUACUGAAUGUGCGGCGGCGCGCCCAUUUUAAAUAAGUAAGGUUGUUGUUAUAAUGCCCUUCAAGAGCACGUUCAUCAAGUAGACAUAAUUUUCUAAAAAUAUAAAUAUCUAAAAA